AUGGUCGGCGAUGCGGUGGAGGUGGAUAGAUGGGCCGAGAGAUUAACGAGCGAGCUGUUGGCACUAGGGCAGGUGGAAAAGGAGAGGGUGGGUGGGUGGAGUGGAGUCCGUGCCACCCGAUGUCAUAGAGGUUCCGGAGAACAAAUUUCUGGGAGAGCGGACGUGGGCGACCCCGGAGAUGGCGCCGGAGGUGGCGGGGAAGGAGGAGAAGAGCAGAGGAAGGCGAAUGUUGGCCAGGUUGAGGGCGGGCCAGAGGACGGGGAGGCUAAUACUUGCAGCAAGAUGCAACAAGACCAGCAGGGGAAAAGGAGGGGGGGUUAG